ACGCGGUCAGCGCCCCCGCCCCCGAGACCCUGAUGCCAGCCGGAGCGCGGACGCAACCGCCCGAUGGAGCGCGGACGCCGCUGGGGUUGAGACUGUGGGUGGUUGGUCGCUGCGCUGGUGGUAGGAAGAGAACGUGGACUUUCACGGGGGUGGAUGCGCGGCACUCAGAAGUCUGGACUCCGAGGAGUCUGACCGCGCGCGUUGCCAUUGCCACAGAAACGAGCAAAAGCGAUAGCUAGCGAGCAAGCGAGGCAGACGCGGUAGACCGGGUAAAAGCGCCGGGUUUCGGCCGCCUCCUCCACUCCCCCCUCCCCCUCCCUCCACCUCCUCAGGUAAGCGGCGUCGGCGCGGCAACGCUGCCAACGCCAGAGCGCUGGGGCGCCGCCGGGGGGAGAGAACAAGAGGCAGGGACUAAGAUCUUGGGCUGCUGCUUCUGGUACCUGCUGGAGCUAUCCCAUCUUCCCAUCGAUCAGAUUAUUGGUGAUUUUGUCCUCGAUUUCGCCCCUUUCGGUCGUCUGCUGCUGUCGAGUACAAUAGUUCUGAGCACGAAUUAGAUCUGGCUUUGCAUAUAGUACUAAUUAGAACAUGGGGAGCUCCGUCAGUUGCCUGUUGGGCGGCUCCAAGUCGAGGCGAUAUCAGAAUGGUCAUCCCGCGGAUUCGUCUCCACGUUCAGGCCAUGUAUUAUCAAGAGCUGGAAAUAAUGUACAAGUCUUCUCCCUAAAUGAACUGAAGUCUGCCACACGAAACUUUCACAUGAUGAACUGUAUUGGCCGUGGGGGUUUUGGAACGGUGUAUAAGGGAAACCUGAAAGAUGGCACUCAAAUUGCAAUAAAAAAGCUUUCAGCUGAAUCAAAGCAAGGAACUAACGAAUUCUUGACAGAGAUUAAUGUCAUAUCAAACGUCAGGCACCCGAACCUUGUACAGCUGAUUGGGUGUUGCGUUGAAGGGAAUAAUAGACUGUUGGUGUAUGAAUAUGCAGAGAAUAACAGUUUGGCAAAUGCUUUGCUUGGAUCAAAGAAUAAAUGUAUUCCAUUGGACUGGCAGAAAAGAGCUGCUAUCUGUAUUGGGACUGGUUCUGGCCUUGCGUUUCUUCAUGAGGAAGCACAACCACGCAUUGUCCACCGUGAUAUCAAGGCUAGCAACAUUUUACUUGAUAAGAAAUUACUGCCUAAAAUUGGAGAUUUUGGACUGGCCAAGCUUUUUCCGGAUACUAUCACUCACAUUAGCACACGUGUUGCAGGAACAACGGGUUAUUUAGCGCCAGAGUAUGCCUUGUUGGGACAGUUAACCAAGAAAGCAGACAUAUAUAGUUUUGGGGUGCUUGUUCUAGAAGUGGUAAGUGGUCAAAGUAGCAGCAAGUCGACUUGGGGCCCUGAUAUGCAUGUCCUUGUGGAAUGGACAUGGAAGCUGCGGGAAGAAGGAAGGCUUUUGGAAAUUGUUGAUCCAGACAUGGGAAAGUACCCAGAGGAGCAAGUGCUUCGUUUCAUCAAGGUGGCGCUGCUGUGUACGCAAGCCACAUCCCAGCAGAGGCCAUCCAUGAAGCAGGUUGUGCAUAUGCUAUCUAACCAAACAGAAAUCGAUCUGCAAAAUGUCGUCCCACCAGGUGUGCUGAAAGAACCUCGCCACCGUACCGGUGGUUUUGGGGGUUUGACAGUAGACACAUCCUCAAGUGAGAGCACCAAAUGCAAUCCAGCUGAAUCCGUUAGCACACAGACCAACAUGAACAGCUACCAGUUGAGCACGACUGAGGUGUCGCCAAGGUGAUGCUGUCGACUAUCGGCUUGCAAGCUUGUUUGCCAUCUUCGGAGGGCUCUCACACUCCCAUGAUUCUUUACUGUGCUGAACGCUGACAAAUUCUCUUGAUAUGAAAAGCCCUUGUUCAUUUCAUCCUGAUUUUAGGAACCUAAUAGAAUGUGAGGGCCGUUGUUGCGAAUUGCUGAUGUACAGGAAUUGUAGUUCGCCUUUUUUCUCGAAGGAGGAAUUGUAGUUCACUUGACAAUGGACAUCAUAUGUUCUUUAAAGCCCGUUGUAGGGAUA